AUGGCUGCAUCAGAAGCAAGAGAAACAAGGCAGCAAACAGCUAACUAUUGCUUUGCCAAAGAAGAUUCCAGGAGAGCUCCAAAUUUUUCUUGUUCCCCAUCUUCUUCCUCAAAAUCAGAAUCCGAUGUUUCACCUGAUAGUGCUGCAAAUGGACCUGAUCAUCCCUCCCCAAUGCUUACACCUCAUAAAUCAUAUUCUGAUCCACCAACCAACAUGAGGUGGUCGUUGAACCUGCAACCAAACUUUGAACAGCUAAAUGCCUUGGAGGCUGAGCUUGAAGUUUUAAGUUCUGGAUUUGUUAAUAAAACUACAAAAAUUAAUGAGGAUCAUCAAACGAAGGCAGAAGUUAGUAAUCAAACUGUUAAAGAAAAUAAUUUUUUUAUGGAGAAACCUUGGGAUUUUUCUUCCAGUUGUUUGAAAAAUGAAAAUAAUACUGGAAUGGGUGAAGUCAAGGAUGUACUCCGUAAUGAUUCACAGAAAACUCGUAAGAAGAAAGACUUGUGGGAGUUCUGGUACUUAGAUGACAAAUUCAUGGGCUUGGAUUCUUUCAACUGCUUGGUCCAUGAACAAGCUAAGAAGCUUUCUUCUGAUCUAGGAUCCGAUUGGGUGGGAGCUGAGAAGACUGAAACCUGGUGGCGCAUUGCUGGUCAAGAUGAGUUGGCUUCAUUGGUUGCUCAGAGGUCACUUGAACAUAUUGAGAAUUGUGAUCUUCCAAGGCCACAGGCCAAGCAUUUUAGGAAGGGACUGUCUGCUCAUACAGAUCAUUUCCACCAUGAUGAGAGUUUGGCUUCAUCUUUAGAUCAGACAAUUAAUAAGGGAUUCUCCAAUCUGGAGAACCGUGCAUGGGAAAGUUUACUCACAGCAUUUCAGGAAGAUAAAGAAGAGAUUGAGCGAACCAUCUUGGGUUACUUUGAAACCAUCUACAAGUCCGACCAGCCAGCAUGUUUUGAAGCUAGUCUGAGCUCAAUAACCACUAGGGUCUCUACAGAAAUGAAUGAAGAUCUGCUUGCGGAUUUCAAGGCUGAGGAAGUAUGGUAUGCCUUAAAGCAAAUGCACCCAACAAAGGCUCCCGGGCCGGACGGUAUGUCACCAAUCUUCUUUAAACAUUGUUGGAAUAUUGUUGGGCCAGAAGUGGUCAAUUGUGUUCUUUCUUCUCUUAAUUCGGGUAGGAUGCCAUGUAGUUUGAAUGAAACAUAUAUUUGCCUUAUCCCAAAGGUGAAAUCCCCCCAAAAAAUUACAGAAUUUAGGCCAAUAAGUUUGUGCAAUGUGGUGUAUAAACUAAUCUCAAAGGUUCUUGCUAAUAGAUUAAAAAGAGUGUUGGGUGUAGUGAUUGAUGAGUCGCAGAGCACUUUUGUCCUGGGUAGACUUAUUAUGGAUAAUGUGCUUGUAGCCUUCGAAACCAUGCAUUGCAUUGAUCAAAGAAAAAAAGGGAAGGAAGCUCUUAUGGCCAUAAAGCUCGAUAUGAGCAUGGCGUAUGAUAGAGUCGAAUGGGUGUACUUGGAAGCUAUGAUGAGAAAGAUGGGUUUUCAUGAAAGAUGGAUUUCCCUAAUAAUGAUGUGUGUAACUACGGUGUCCUACUCGGUGUUGAUUAAUGGUGAACCAAAAGGGAAGAUUAAUCCAUCAAGGGGGUUACGCCAAGGUGAUCCUAUUUCUCCCUACUUGUUCUUAUUAUGUGCUGAAGGUCUAUCAGCGAUGAUCAAAAAGGAGGAAAGAGAGGGGAAUUUAAAAGGGAUUGCUGUAUGUAGAAGAGCUCCAAGCAUUACUCAUAUGUUGUUUGCCGACGAUAGCAUAGUGUUUUGUAGAGCCACAAGGGAGGAAUGUGAUAGGGUGUUAAAAGUGCUUGAGGAUUAUGAAGGGGAUUCGGGACAAAAACUCAAUAAGGAAAAAACCUCUCUCUACUUUAGCACGAACACUAGUAGGGAGAUAAAGGAAUAUGUGAAGGAGAAGUUUGGGGCUAGAGUUGUUCAGCAUCAUGAGAAAUACUUGGGGCUGCCACCGCUUGUGGGAAGGGGAAAAAGAAAGGCUUUCAAUCGAAUCAAGGAACAAGCAGGGAGAAAAAUAGCUUGUUGGAAAGGUAAGCUUCUUUCUCAUGCCGGAAGGGAAAUCCUCAUUAAGGCCGUUGCUCAAGCAACGCCAACAUAUACGAUGAGUUGUUUCAAACUCCCGGAUACGUUGUGCAAGGAGCUGAACUCCCUAAUGGGAAGCUUUUGGUGGGGCCAAAAAGAUAAGGAAAGGAAAAUGGCUUGGAUCUCAUGGGAGAGGUUGUGCACUCCAAAGGCGGAGGGUGGUAUGGGAUUUAGGGACUUAAAAGCUUUCAAUUUGGCGCUACUUGCUAAACAAUGGUGGAGAAUGCAGCAAAAUCCUGAUUCCCUUGUCCAUAGAGUGCUGAAGGCAAAAUAUUUUCCGAAUAGUAUGGCUAGUGAGGCGGAGUUGGGAAGUAGACCUUCCUAUGCAUGGAGAAGCAUAUGGACAGCGAAGAAAGUGGUUGAUAGGGGAUCUAGAUGGUGCAUUGGAAAUGGGGAAGGGGUUCAGAUUUGGAAGGAUAGAUGGAUUCCGUCCCCGGAAUUAUUCACAGUAACAAGCCCGAUAGGCGCCCACACGGGAAUGGAGAUGGUGUCGAGCUUGGUGGAUGUAGAGAGGAGGGGUUGGGAUGUGGAGAAAGUAAAAAACAUGUUCCUUCCUCAUGAGGCUGAAUUAAUCCUGAGUAUCCCUAUUAGUGUCAGACUUCCGGAAGACUCUCUUAUAUGGGCUUGGACCUCAAAUGGAAGAUUCACAGUCAAAAGCGCAUACAAAGUGGCCCAAAAUGUGCUGAAAAUAGAAGUUCGCAGAGGGGAGGAAGGGGGCAGCUCGAACAGUACAGGUAUGAGGGAUAUUUGGAAGAUUGUUUGGCGUUUAAAUUGCCCAAACAAAAUCAAACAUAUGUUUUGGAGAGCAUGUAAAAAUAUACUGCCCACAAAAAUGCGUUUGAAAGCUCGGGGAAUUGGGAAGCAUGGGGGAUGCGACAUGUGUGGGUUAGGUGAAUCAUCUGGACAUGCCUUGUGGAGUUGCAGAAUGGCUGAAGCUGUGUGGUGCGGAACCAGGUUAAAACUCCCUUACUUUUGUGACCCCCCUAGUGAUUUCAUUGAUAUUGUAUGGGAAAUCAAAAACAGGUGUGAAGGGGUUAAUUGGGAUUUAUUUGCAACUACUGUAUGGGGGCUAUGGAACAAUAGAAACCAAGUGAGACAUGGGGGACAAUGCAAAAGCUAUGAGGUGAUUGUGAAGGAAGCUGCAGAAUACUUAAAAGAAUACCAAGCAGCAAACUUGUGUGUAGAAAACACUACUACACCUGAAGCGGUAAUGUGGACGCCACCAAAACAGGGUUGGUACAAAGUUAACACAGACGGGGCAACUUUCGACGAUAUCAAGUGCUGUGGAGUCGGGGUGGUUAUCAGAAAUGAGAGAGACGAAUUAAUAGGAGCUCCGAGCAAGAAGUUUGGGCUGCCUUUAGGGGGCUUGGAGGCGGAGGCAAAGGCAGUUGAGGAAGGUGUGGCAUUUGCAUGGGACCUCGGUUUGAAAGACAUAGUUAUUGAAAGUGAUGCACUGUUGGUGACAAACUCCUUGGAAGAACAGAGUGUGAUGCCGAGUUCAAUAAGGAAAGUGGUCGAAGGAAUUUUGGAGGGUCUGAGGAAGUUUAAUAGCUGGGAUGUCAACCAUACUCGUAGGAGCGGCAAUAUCGCAGCUCACAUCAUGGCUAAGCAAGCCAAAUCUUUGAAUGUGUGUAAUGUCUGGGUAGAGGAUACUCCACCCAGUAUAGUUUUUCAAGUUCAAAUGGAUGUAGCCCAUUGUAAUUCUGUUCAAAGUUAA